AUGCUGUUUCUGCAACUUCCAUUGCUCCUGGCUCUCCUCGUGAGUGGAGACAAUGAAGAGAAUAAGAACUCUGUUCCAGAAGGCUUUGAGGAGCCCGUUUCCUUCAAAGUCAUCUGUGUCUUAUCCUUCCACAACAGUUCUUGGGUGCAAAUUCUGUGCUCAGGCUGGUUGGGUGAGUUGCAGACUCAUGGCUGGAAGAGCAAUCCUGGCACUAUUAUUUACCUGUGGCCUUGGUCCAAGGGCAACUUCAGCAAUGAGGAGUUGAUGGAACUGCAAAAUAUGUUUCACAUGAGCCUCGUUAGAUUUGUUCAGGCAUUUUACAGCCAUGCCAGGAAAUGGCAAUUUGAAUAUCCCUUUGAGGGACAGAUAGUAAAAGGCUGUGAGCUGCAUGCUGGGGAAGCCCCAGUAGGCUUUAUGCGGAUUGCUUAUCAAGGAUCAGACUUCUUGAGCUUUCAGAACAAGUCAUGGGUGUCCUCUCCAGAGGGUGGAAGAAGGGCUCAGGUCCUCAGAAGACUAUUUAAUUUCUUUGAAGGAACCCAGGAAAUAAUACACAAGCUGCUCAGUGAUACCUGCCCACGUUUCCUCUUGGGUCUUCUUGAUGCCGGGAAGGCAUAUCUCCAGAGACAAGUACGACCAGAGGCCUGGCUCUCCCCAGGCCCCAGUCCUGGCCCUGGCCACCUGAUGCUGGUUUGUCACGUCUCUGGAUUCUGCCCAAAGCCCAUUUGGGUGAUGUGGAUGCGGGGUGAGCAGGAGCAACAGGGCACUCAGAGAAGUGAUGUCUUGCCUAAUGCUGAUGGGACAUCGUAUCUUCAAGUUUCCUUGGAUGUGGAAGCCAGUGAGGCAUCUGGCCUGAGUUGCCGGGUGAGACACAUCAGUCUAGGAGGCCAGGACAUCAUCCUCUACUGGGAUCAUCACAGCUCUGUGGGCUGGAUCGCCUUGGCAGUGAUAGUGACACUGGUGCUCAUGGCAGGUCUUGCAUUUUGGCUUUGGAAGCUCUGGACACACCGUGAAGCCCCAAGCUCUAGUCUCCCUUUGGAAUGA